UUCGUCUUCAUCCCGUCCAGAGGUUAAAAAUACACGCCUCUUUAUUUUCUCUCUUGACAUCAGGCUAUUUCUUCUAAACCCUAAAAAAACAAAUUUCAUCCUUCACACGUCUCUCGCAGCCGCCGAAUCUUUUUCUGGGAAUAUGAUGGUUUGGUAUUUCCCGUCGCCUUAAGUCCCUGAACAUGCUGAACUGAAGUUGUAAUUUACUAAAGCUCAGGGCCAUAUUACAUUUCUUCUAAGUUAUUAAAAGGACGUCAGAUGCAAUUUUCCCGAUCUUUAAAAAACCCAAUCAACUUCGACGGACCUUAUAACCUUUACAAAAUUCCGAACAGGAAAACCCUAAUCUCUGUGAAAAACGAACAAAACCAACGAGGGAUGUCGUACGACGACGUGGAGAUUGAGGACAUGGAGUGGAACAACGAGCUCCAAGCUUUCACAUAUCCUUGUCCGUGCGGUGACCUGUUCCAAAUCACAAAGGAAGAUCUGAAGCUAGGCGAAGAGAUCGCUCGUUGCCCUAGUUGUUCCCUUUAUAUCACCGUUAUCUAUAAUAUGGAAGAUUUCCUCGGAGAUGCCAAGCAACACGUUGAGCCUUCGAAACAACAGCCUAUUGUUGUCGCUUGAGAACCUCAAAGUUUCGGUUUUUUUUUUUUUUGUCUAAUUGAAAAUUUUGUUAUCAUUUUGUAAUACGUAGUGAUUCGAACUGGCUUAACUGCUUGAAAUUUUGAUGUAUUGAGGAAGAAGGAUUGCUGGUGUUUGUUUGAAGUUUGUCCACUCUAUGGAUUAUGAAUUUUAUUGGGAUUGAAUAAAUUAUACGUAAUUAUGUAUCUUUUCUGCUA